AAUUUCUAUCGGUACUGAACCGGAAAUGGUUUAUUCAAACCCGCAAGGAAACCCGAAUUAGAAUUAAUCAAAACACAUGACAGAGCGAACCGGUUCUAGUUCUUUUGCACGAUUUUCCGCCACCACUAACACCGCCGUCCACCGCCCCGAUUCGCCGCAGUCCGCCAAGGCAUUGACCACCACUAUCCUCAAUCAUGUCCGCCUCGGGCGACUUCCGAAAGCAGUCUCCAUUCUCUUCUCUUCCGCCGUCGCUUUGCCUUCCUCCCUUUACGCCCAUCUAUUCAGGAUUUGCGCAUCAAGCAAAGCAAUUGUCGAGACCCGGAAGCUCGAAUCUCACUUGGUCACCUUCACGCCGAAUCCGCCAGUGUUUUUGCUCAACAGGGCAAUAGAAUGUUACGGAAAAUGCGGUUGUUUGGAGGAUGCCGAGGAACUGUUCGACGAAAUGCCGAGUAGAGAUGGCGGGUCUUGGAAUGCGAUGAUCACUGCGUAUUCAAAAAAUUAUCGGGCGGGAGAUGCGUUGGGAUUGUUUUCCAAGAUGAUUGGGGAGGGAGUUUUUGCGAGUGAGGUCACUUUUGCUAGUGUUCUUGGGUCUUGCGGUGAUGCAUUGGAACUUUGGAUGUCAAGACAGGUCCAUGGUCUUGUUGUGAAAUACGGUUACGUGGGAAAUGUUAUAUUGGAGAGUUCGCUCGUGGAUGUGUAUGGAAAAUGCCGGGCGAUGGUGGAUGCUAGGAGGAAGUUUGAUGAGAUCGAGAAUCCGAACGAUGUUUCUUGGAAUGUGAUAGUUCGGAGGUACCUGGAAAUGGAUGAAGGUGGCGAGGCUAUAAACAUGUUUUCAAGAAUGAUAAGGAUGAAGGUGAAGCCAAUGAGUUUUACGGUGUCUAAUGCCGUUCUUGCUUGUCUGAGUAUUGGUGGACUUAAAGAAGGCCUUCAAAUUCAUGGAUUUGGUAUCAAGAUUAAUAUGGAAGAGGAUGAAGUGGUUUCGAGUACUCUUAUCAGCAUGUAUGCCAAGUGUGGAGAUUUGGAGAGCUCAAGGAGGAUUUUCAACUUGCCUUGUUCCAAGAAUUUGAUUAGCUAUACUUCAAUGGUCUCGGCGUAUGCUAUGAGUGGGAGAAUGAUAGAAGCCAGAGAGUUGUUUGACCAAAUGCCCGAAAGAACGGUGAUCUCAUGGAAUGUGAUGUUGGCAUGUUACACACGUUCGUUUGAGUGGGAUAAAGCAUUGGACUUUGUGAUAAUGAUGCGUAGGAAGACUAAAGAAGCUGAUCAUGUUACACUCGGAUUAAUUCUGAAUAUGUGUGCAGCAAUUCCAGAUGUAGAACUCGGUAAACAAGUUCAUGGAUAUGCCUAUAGACAUGGUUUGUACUCCAAUCUCUUUGUUGGCAAUGCACUUCUUGACAUGUAUGGGAAGUGCGGUAACUUGACUAGUGCAAGAAUUUGGUUCUACGAGAUGAGCCAUUCUCGAGAUAAGGUUUCUUGGAAUGCUUUAUUGACGAGCUAUGCCCGUCGUGGAAUGAGCGAAGAAGCAAUGCUGAUCUUCGAGAAGAUGCUAGGAGAGGCAAAACCAUGCAAGUUCACCUUCGGUACACUUUUAGCUGCUUGUGCAAACAUAUUUGAACUAGAAGUAGGUAAACAAAUCCAUGCAUUCAUGAUCAGAAACGGUUAUGAUAUUGAUAUUGUCAUAAGUGGAGCCUUAGUUGACAUGUACUCGAAAUGCCGCUGCGUUUUAUACGCUAUGAAUGUGUUUGAUAAAACUGAUUCGAAAGAUUUGAUCCUCUUCAAUUCGAUGAUUUUGGGGUGUUCGCAUAACGGAAUGGGUGGGAAAGUAGUUGAGCUAUUUGAGCGAAUGGAUAAGGAGGGGAUCAAGCCAGAUAGAGUCACUUUUCAAGGCUUAUUACACGCUUGUAUAUCCGAGGGCCGAGUUGAAAUGGGGAGGCGUUAUUUCGAUGUAAUGAGUGACAAGUAUUGUUUGCUGCCUGAGUUGGAGCAUUAUGUUUCCAUGGUUGAGUUAUAUGGUCAGUAUGGAUUUAUGGAUGAACUCGAGAGUUUCCUUACAAACAUGCCGUUUGAUCCUACUUCCACUAUAUUGAUGAGAGUGUUUGAUUACAGCCGAAAGUACAAGUGCUUAAAGCUAGGCAAUUGGGCUUGUGAUCGGCUCAAUGAAUUGAAUCCAUUGGUUCCUUUUCGAUUUGAUAUUAUGGAUAACUCCUGAUUAUAGGAAACUUGAUUAGUACAAGUCAGAUGUGAGAGGAGAAGUUGAUGCACAAAUGACAAGGUGGAUACUGGUAUUCGGAUUUUGUCAGUGAAUCAUAGGAAAGCAUGUUCGGCCGAGAACAUAGUCAAUUCGAACAACAAGGCAACAUUUCAUGAUUAGUUGGGAAAAUCUUGUUGGUUGUUCACUUAUGGUGUUGCCAGUAUGAAUUGCUCUUUUGAUGAAUGCGAACGAGAGAUUCAUGUACGUGAAAUCGGCACAGCUUGAGCGAAGUCCGCAUCUUCCAGUUCGCCCGAUUACCUCCCAGCUCCGGUGCAAGAAUUUGUGAACAAAUGCCUCGGUUGGUUGGGGAGAUUAGUCAUUAUUAACUAAAUAAUUGAACUCUGUUUGAUGUUUGGUAUUCUCGAUAUCUUGCCUUUUUAGGUAGUUUUUUUGUUGGACGUCCGAUAAAAUAAUUAGGUUUUCAUCAGAUUAGAUUAUUUAAUGUUAUCUUGGCUAAUCUUAUCUUGACGACCAAACGAGGCCAAACACUAUUUAUGAGGGGAUGAAAACUAUCUUUUUUAAUUUUCAGAAAAUUAUACAUCUUGUCUCUUGACAUUUUAGCCUAUAUAUGUAACAUUUUAUUGUAUCCAAUUUAGAUGAAGCCUAACUUAUAUUGCAGAGCUAAAUAAUUGAUGUCAAU